AUGGUAGCCAAAAUCCGGCAAAGUGCUACUGACUCUCCUAAUCCAACAAAACCAGAGGUUGGAGAGAUUGACACCAGUCCACUUUUUCAAUCUGUUAAAGAUUCUGUUUCUCUAUUUGGUGAAGGUGCUUUCUCUGGUGAAAAAUCUGUCAUUAACAAGGCAAGACCUUAUUCUGCUGAGAGAGUUUUGGCAAAGGAGACACAACUCCACUUACCCCAGAAAGAGCUGAACAAAUUAAAGAAACAACUAAAGAAUGCAGAAACUACCAAGGUUCAGGUCCUACUGGAGCUUGAAAAUUCUAAAAGAGCAGUUGAGGAUCUGUCACAGAAGCUUAAAGUUCUCAGUGAAUCUAGAGAAUUAGCGAUCCAGGAAACAGAUGCUUCAAAGAGUCGAGCAAAACAGCUUAAAGAAGAAAAAUGUGGCAAACCUGAUGGAACCAAUGGUGCUUGGAAAGAAAAAUUAGAAACUGCAGUUAAAAGGUAUGCAUCUUUUAUUACAGACCUUGAUGUUGCAAAGCAAGAACUGAGGCAAAUUCAUAAGGGGUUUGAUUCAUCCUUGGAAACAAGAGUUUCUGCUUUCAAGCAAGCAGCAGAAGCCGAAGAUGCAAUGAAGGCAAACACAGAAAGAGCAUCUGAGCUAUCUAAAGAAAUUUUAGCUUUGCAGGAAUCAAUUGAGCAAAUGAAGGUUGCAUCUGUCCAAACACAUCAACAGCAAGCAGAUAUGUUAGCUGAGAAAAAUGUUCUAAGACAAUCAUAUAUAGCAGCCCUUGAAGAAUCAGAAAAGAAAUUGCUUGCUUUAACGAAGGGAUUCAAUCCAGAGCUCACCAAAAAUCUUGAUGUGCAGCUGACUGGGACAGUGAAUGAAAUCAGGGCUUUGCAAAAGGAAAUGGAAAAUAAAAAGACAUCAGACUUGGACUCUGUGAAAAGUGUCACUUUGGAGCUUGAUGAUGCUAAGGAAUCACUGCAGAAAGUAGCGAAAGAGGAAAACUCCCUUAGAAGAUUGAUGGAAGCUCUUAGGGUGGAUCUGGAGAAUGUUAAAAGAGUGCACUCUGAAUUGAAGGAGAAAGAAUACAAAAGUGAAUCCAUUAUUCGGAAUCUGCAUGUCAAGCUCCGGAAGAGUGUGUCUGAGCUCAAAGUUUACUUGGCAGAAGAAUCUAAAGUUAGAGGAACAUCCGAGGAAAUGAUCUUGACAUUGAAACAGUUGUCGUGUGAAACUGAAAAUACACGGAAGGAAGUAAAAGAUAUGAAGAACAAGGCAGCGGAACUAAAGAUGGUAGCUGCAGCUACUAAACUUGCAUUAGAAGGUGCAGAAAGAAAGCUUAAUGUAGCACUGGAAGAAGCAGAAGCAGCGAAAGCGGCAGAAGCAAGUGCUCUUCAUCAGAUUAGGGUCUUAUAUGAGAGGACUAAUGCUGCUCGUGCCUCAACAUCUGAAUCUAGUGCUAAAAUUACAAUCUCAAGGGAGGAAUUUGAGUUCUUAAGUGGUAAGGUUGAGGAGGUUGAUAAAUUAACGGACAUCAAAGUGGCUGCUGCUGCAGCACAGGUUGAAGCUGUGAAGGCUGGUGAAAAUGAGGCUAUGAAAAGGUUAAAGGCAACUCAGAAGGAGAUUGAGGAUAUAAAGACUGCAACACAGGAAGCUUUGAAAAAGGCAGAGAUAGCUGAAGCAGCAAAGAAGGCAGUGGAUAAUGAGUUUACAAAAUGGCGUAGGAAAGAACAGAAGAAAGCAGCAGAAGCUGCAUCUCGAAUAUUGGCGCAGAUGUCAUCAGGAUUAGAAUUAUAUCCUCAGCAGAAUCCACCUCCAAAGAACAUGGAGGCGUGGAAGUUAGAAAAAGAGGUUGUUUCAGUUUCAAAGAAAGUUCUAUUGCCUAAUAUUAGUGGCAUCUUCCGCAGGAAAAAGAACCGGGUUGAGGGAGGAUCUCCUUCUUACCUGCCUGGUGAGGAUCCUGUAUGA